AUGUACGCAUCUUACAGAGAGUUUGGUAUUGCUACUGCUAUGGCUAUUCUAGCCUAUGCACGCUUUUCCUCCGCCGUCGCUGCUACUUUUCCCGACUCCUCGACAGCCACGCUUGUCGAACGAGCUGCCUCGACUUCAACUGAAUGGAACACAACACUUGAAAUUGGAAAAAGCAAGUGGCAUAUCGGCGACGCUAUUGCAUCAGACUUCAAAAAGAUGUUCAUGGAGCCAGCAUGUGACGCUACGGGAUGUGAUGCAGGUAGCCCUGGAACUUUCAAAUACUUAACCAAGUCAGGCGGCAUUGCGGCGUUAGGGACGGCUACGAUAACCUUAGAGGGCAACGCUGAUGAAGAUGUUGCCGUUAUUGACAACCUCCUCGACGCCAUAUCGACCGCUCUGAAUGCAAGCAGCCAGUGCACUACGGAAAAGGCUGUUGAUGAGUGCGAGGAUAACGCCAGUAUAGAUAAGGUGGUUUCUCAGUGGAAACGCAUAGGGGUUCCUGCAACUACAUGUGGCACGAGAACUUUCAACGACUGCUAUGUCGUGAACUACAUCCAGGCGACAAUGUACGAUCAGGACAAAAACCAAAAGGCUCAAGUCACUAUGUCAGGCGAAUCCAAAGACCCGCAAGAAGGUUUCGAUUGCAGCUCGUUCCUCGGCAUUAUCUCGGAUGCUCUUGGUCUUCUUGGGCCGUUGGAACUUACUGGAGUCUCAAUAGCCUCGGGAAUCACGAGCGGUCUUUCGGCUUUUUGUGGUUGA